AUGGGGAAGGGAGGGGGUUGUGUUCCCAGCAAGAAGAAGGUCCCUUCAUCUAUUGCCGCCGACGCCACCGAUGAUGCAAGACCUCGCGACACCAAAACAACUCCCCCGAUCUCUGUUGAAGAAGAUCACCCACAAAUUGGUUCAUCGGGCAAUGCCACUUCCGAUGUCUCUGUCUCGGUGUCGCAUCCAGUUGAGAAAUUGAAGAUAUUCAUAGUGUUUUACUCCAUGUAUGGCCACGUCGAAAGCUUAGCGAAGAGGAUGAAGAAAGGGGUUGAUGGGGUUGAUGGGUUUGAAGGGAUUUUGUAUCGGGUGCCGGAAACCUUGCCGGCGGAGGUUUUGGACCAGAUGAAAGCGCCACCCAAGGACCCGUCCAUCCCCGAGAUUUCAGCCGCGGAAUUAGUAGCUGCUGAUGGCAUUUUGUUUGGCUUUCCCACCAGGUUUGGAUGUAUGGCAGCGCAAAUGAAGGCUUUCUUUGAUUCGACGGGGCAGCUCUGGAAGGAGCAGAAGCUUGCAGGGAAGCCUGCUGGGUUCUUUGUUAGCACAGGAACUCAAGGGGGCGGCCAAGAAACAACUGCAUGGACUGCAAUUACCCAGUUAGCACACCAUGGAAUGCUGUUUGUUCCCAUUGGCUACACUUUUGGUGCUGGUAUGUUCACGAUAGACACAAUACGAGGGGGGUCUCCUUAUGGUGCAGGAGCUUUUGCUGGUGAUGGCUCGAGACAGCCAAGCGAAACAGAGUUGGCACUUGCAGAGCACCAGGGCAAAUACAUGGCUGCUACAGUCAAAAAGCUUUUCCAGGCUUGAUGAAAUGCCUUGUUUCUGAUAAAAAAAAAAGAAUCCAUUUAGAUUGCAGCAAUCGACCCCCAUUAAGAUUGUUUCUUCCCUGUCAUGUUUUCAUUCAAAGUAUAGUUGUCUCGUGUUUGUUUGGGCAUUCUUUUUACGUCACAUGAUUGUGCAAAAUAUACAAUGCCCUGUGUGGGAUUUUUUUACCGUCGUCUCUCUGUACAUGGUUUAUGAUUCAUGGAUAUGGUGUUUGUCAAAUAAUGUUGUGAAAUGUGGAAUUUUUUCUUAUUAAACGUUCUUCUUUUUUGUUGGAAAUGUAAUUCAGUCGGAGGUUCAAAUGGCACUAUUGUCUUUAGCUGUCUAUAUUCUGAAUUUUCUUUAUGGUAUUUUACUGUUCCUAUUAUAUAUCAAACAAUUUCGUGGUACUUGGCUACUUGUAUUCAUUAUUCGAAUGAGAAUAUCAAAUUUUUAGGGGGUUCGGAUUGGUAAUCGAUCAUGGCUCACGGGGUGGGGUUUCAUACUCAUUUCUUCAAUUCCACAGAAGCUUGUCCAUUCACAAUGUAAUUUUCUUUCAUCACUCAACCAUUCUGUUUCAUAAAAGCAGCUUCAGAUUUCAUCACUCCAUCUGCCAAAUUCAAGUAGGACAGUCAUAAUUUAGUAACAUGACAAAGCAACCUUAAUUAUUGUCAAUAACUACAUUUAAUUUUCAUAAUUGUACAUCUCCCUCUUCCCCAGUCAUUAGUCACUAUACAAAUAUCUCUGAUUAACUUUUCAUCCAUCCAUCUCUUUUUCUUGCAGGGGUUCAUCCAAGCUUCAACUUCUUCUAAUUGCCCAUCUGUGCCACACUUGAGGUUGGUGCCUUUUCUUCUUUAUUUUCCUUUUCCUCUACAUUUAUCAGUGUAUAUUUUUUUUGCUUGGAACAGAUCUGGCUGCAGCAGACUUUGAGAAAUCAUUCAUUCUCUGUUCUGUUUCCCUUUUGGGUGUGAUUUUGUUGGGAUUGUUCUUGUAACCUAACUUUGGCAUUUGAACGGUCAAUGAGAUCUGAUGAAACCUUGUUAUACAGUUAUACUGGAAAUUAUGUAAGAAGAAGAAGAAGUUAUUUAUACGAUAAAACUAUGAAAAAUUGUAACAUGACUAAACUGACUAAUGUUGUACUUGGGGAUGCUACUGCAAGACCUAAAAGUUUGAAUAUUCUGAAUGUGAAACAAGGUGUAUGUGGAUGGACUCUGAUAAUCUUGGAAACGAAGGUGGCGCAUUGAUGGGUACGACAAGAACAUAAGAAAUAGCAAGAGGAAGAGGGCUAGUAAUAUUGAUGCUGCGCUAAACUGUAUUGUCAACACCAUGGAACAGAUACCAAAAGGAAUGUUUUUGGCUACUGAACAGUGAAGUUGUAUAAAGAGUGUAUCAUCAUCAGUUGUUAAUCCAACCUCCCUUGUAAUAUCAGAGUUAUUUCGAACUCUUGUAAAGAUAUGGUUCCGGUGCAAUAGAGCUAUUUGAUGUA